AUGGGGUUGUUUUACAUAGCAUUUAUCGAACACUUUGAGGGAAGUGCUGGUGUGACGUCAUGGAUUCAUACGCUAACUCUCAGCAUGAGAACAGGAUAUGCGUUAUUCACACCGGCAACAUCCUUCAUUGGCUGUUACUUCAACAAACGUCACGCCCUUACCAGUGGAUUGGCUUACAGUGGGGUUGGAUUAGGUAUAUUAUCACUUCCCCCUGUCAUGCAGUUGUGUAUUGAAAGACGUGGAUGGCGGGGUGCGUUGUUGAUACUCGCCGGCAUGUCGGCGAUCAUUUUUGUCAGCGCAUCUCUACUCAGGCCUGUCAGAAGUCCGGCAAGUGCCACGGAAUUGGACGCUAUGAUGAUGAUGACCGAUACCGAACAUUCGGAAGCAUUGGAAAGUACAGAUGAUCCACGUUACAUGCGAAGCGGGGCGGAUAAAAACACGCACGAAUCAAGAACUACAUCAAAACUACUAGUAUGCCGUUGUUUUGGUUCAAUGGGAUAUCUAUUUGACAUCAAUCUUUUCAGCGAUGUCGUUUUCGUGAUAUGCAUGCUUGUGUCGACAAUACAAAACAUCGGCAUGGCCGUAUCGUUUAUACACCUUGCUCCAAUGAUCGACUCGUUCGGUUCCCACGGAAGUAAAACUGCCUUCGUGCUGUCUCUUCAAGGCAUCGGAACAUUUGUAGGAUCUCUGAUGUGGGGGUUUAUAAUCACCCGCAAUCGUUUGAAAAUUGUGCACUGCUAUUCGUGUAUGUUAUGUCUGUUUGGAGUGGUCAUGUUCAUGGUUCCAUUUAUGGCGCAUUUGGCCGCAAUAUCGGUAACUAUGGUGAUUAUUGGGUUUGUAAGAGGCGGGAUAUCGUCACAAACUUCGGUUUAUAUCAGGGCAGUCGUCGGUGACGGCGCUAUGACGAAUGUUUUCGGCUGGUGGCUUUUAUUUGGUGGGAUUGGUCAGAUGGUGGGAGGGGUACUUUCGGGGUAUAUUCGUGGUUUCACCGGAAGUUACGACGUUUCCUUCUACACUGCAGGAGUGACUGUCAUAUUCAGUGGCAUCCUACUGUGGCAUCCUACUGGUGGAAUUGUCACCGUUCAAACACUACGCAUUCGCAAUCACGAACCACACACAGCUAUUUACCUGUGA